AUGAGUUAUCAGACGCAUCAGCCCUCCGGCCACUACCAUCCUACGCACUACCAGCUACUGCAGCCGUCGAGUCAUGAUGGCCACCAGCAUCCGCAACAAAUAGGACCCUCUUCCGCCCAAAUCUCCCUACCGCCGACUACCCAGCCCGGCUCGUCGACUCCCACAUUCUCAAUCUGCCCGACAUCAACUCUUGCCACGAGUCCGUCACCUCCUUUCGCCAUGACUUGGCUCCCCAGUCCCGGGGCAACUGCAAACACACCAAACACAAUUGUCAUGCCACAUGAGAUCACCGCCUCAGUCAACGGCAUCACCACCUCGACGGCCAAAGCGACGGCUUUGCCGACGUCGACGACUACGGCGACGACGAUGGCGACAUCCUCGUCGACUACGACGGCUGCGAUGAGUGAAGCUGCCUCACUUGCAAGGCAGAUGUCUACAGUAAUCGGGCUCAACAGGCGUCAGAGCAAUAGUGCCGGUUAUGCUGGUCGUCUGGGCAGAUACGAGGAGACGGAGGUGGGCCGAGCAGGCGGGCAAAUGUCGAUUCAUCACACUCGCCUGCCACCUCAGACCAGUGGUUUUGGUGAGGCUACUAGUUUAUUUCUCACAUAA